AUGUCACAAGGAAGAAGAGCAGCUGACAGAUUAGCAGGAAAAGUCGUUCUUAUAACGGGUGCUUCUGCCGGUAUUGGGGAAGCUACUGCAUGGGAAUAUCUCUUUGCCUCAAAUGGUCAGGCUAAGUUGAUUCUGACGGCUAGAAGAUUAGAGAAACUAGCUGCUAUUAAGGAAGAAAUGAAGAAAGAGUAUCCAAACGUGAAGAUUCAUGUUGCUAAGUUGGAUGUUAGUAACACUGAAGAAAUUAAAUCUUUACUUCAAUGCUUACCAACGGAGUUCAAGAGCAUAGAUAUUCUAGUGAAUAAUGCAGGUAAAGCCUUAGGUUCAGAAAAAGUUGGUGACAUUGCCAUUGAAGAUAUUAAAGGUAUGAUGGACACGAAUGUCAUCGGCUUAAUCAACGUUACGCAAGCUGUUCUACCAAUAUUGAAAGAAAAAAACUCAGGUGACAUCGUGAAUAUAGGUUCAGUUGCUGGUAGGGAUGCUUAUCCAACUGGGUCUAUAUAUUGUGCUUCAAAGUUUGCUGUUCGUGCAUUCACGGAAAGUUUAAGAAAAGAAUUACUGGAUACUGGUAUCAGGGUCAUAUUAAUAGCACCAGGAUUGGUAGAAACUGAAUUCUCACUUGUAAGAUAUAAAGGUGACGAGAAACGUGCCAAUUCUGUUUAUGAGGGUAUCACUGCAUUGGAAGCUGAAGAUGUUGCUGAAUUAAUUGUGUUUUCCACAUCCAGAAAGCCUAAUACAGUUAUUGCCGAUACAUUGAUCUUUCCUACUUGUCAAGGCUCUGCUUUCCACGUGCAUCGUUCUUGA